AUGUUUUACAGCCAUGAAAUCCUGACGAGCCAUCAGUAUGGCGUCGCAACCAUCUGGCUCGUCGCCACCGUCGGAAACAGGGGCGGCACCAAAAAGGUCACCCGAAAGGCCAUCCAGGAGGUCGAUGUGCAGAAAGCUUGCGGAAAGAUCCUCGAGCCAGGAGCACCUAUCGCGCUGCGACUGCAGGGCAACCUCCUCUAUGGCGUUUCGCGGGUCUACAACCAGCAAUGCUCGUAUAUGCUUACUGAUGCGGAGAAGAUUCGGCAUCACAUGAACAUGUUCUUCAAGCAGUUUGGUGGUAACCAUAUUGACCCAGAGGCGGGGCAGGCAAGGCCCGAGAACCUCCUGAUAGGCAAUGAUCCCGACUUCAUACCCGACAUGCAACUUCCCAGAUUCGACCUCGAUGCUCUUGUGGCAAGCCAAGGAACCCAGAAAACAUCUUCUCAGAUGUCGCCACUCCAGGACUCUUUCCUUCCAGGCUCUACCAGCCCUGGACGAGCCUUUGAUUUUCAGCUCGACCUUGGCCAUUCGGAUUCAUCUGGUCCUCGAGGUUCACCUUUCGGUCUUCAAGGUCUUUCAUCUGCACAAAAACCCGACGACGAACCCAUGCUUUUCACCCAAGAGGACGAGUACGACGCCGCCGGAGGCGAUUGGGGAUUAAUGAUAGACGAACAUGGAAAUGUCAUCGAAGCGGACGAUCCAGUCGUGGUCCAAGACGAGCCCGAGCUCCCUCCCUUGCCGCACAUGGAAGGAGAAGAACACCCACAAGCAAACGUUCAGCACCACGAGGAGCAACCCAUACUCGACGAACAAGGCCAACCCAUACUCGACGAACAAGGCGAUAUCAUUAUGAUGGAGGAAGAACCACUACCGGAAGUCGAAGCAUUUCCUGAAGCUCGUGAGCCCCUUGAAGAAGACGCGCCCCAAGUUCCCCCUGCGCAAGCACGACGAAAGCGGAAGGCACGCACGAUUCAGGCCGACCAAGCGACCGAGAUACCGAGAGACGUUCUGCGAGGGUGGCAGGAUAAUUACAUCGAUAACUGCGCUAUCAAACCACUUCGCUCGGUUGCACCCGCCCACGUCAAGAAAACAGCAAUGCUUCUGACGUUCGGCCGCGGCAUCGGCAAUAUUGGGCAGAGAAUUGGGCAGGAUAUCGGCAUCCCUGGAGCAUCACACCCCCUCUUCGCGAUGUAUUCCGGUGAUUCGCUGUUCACCGCCAUCACGGGAAUGGACAUCCCUGAAAAGCCCCGUGGCAGACGUCGAUCUGCAUCCGAAGCCAUCGGGGAUGACGAGGAACAGGAGGAGCGACGCGUCAGACCGCGACUCGGGGUGGAUGAAAUCGAGCAGCAGGCAUUGAAUGCUGCAGAUGAGCACAUAAUUGACAACGACCCCUUUGCCGCCGAAAACGCUAUGGAAGUAGGGCGAGAGGAGGAGCGGGCCAUGUCAGAACAACACUCAUCUGUCAUGCCGAUGCCGUGGAAUCGAGGUUCCUCCCUAGCGCCUGGUUCUUCAAUUCGCAAACCCGGAUCCGCGCAGAAAGGACGCGAUAUCUCGAGCCCCCUCGGCAACCGCGGCAGUGCCCAAGACAUCGUGCGCUACAGCGACGACGCGCCUAUGGGCUUUGGCGGGGAAGACGAUUUCGCACUCGGCGGCUUCGGAUCACAAGACUCCUCCUUCGACGGCAUGGCAGUGCCCGAGGUAAACGAGCUGCAGACCAAAGCCGGCGAGGACAACGUAGCCGAGCAGAACGAGCGCCUGCGCGCCACGCUCGACAACGAGGGUCACAACUUCCUCGGCUUCAUCGAGGACGCGGUCCGCGAUAACGGCGAGCGCCGCCAGGACGACGAUUUCGACAUCAAUCGCAAGUGGGUGGCAUUCGACGACCUGUUCGUGCCGUGCGACACGCCCCGCGCCAUGGCCGCCCAGGCUUUCUACCACACGCUGUGCCUCACCACAAAGGCCAAGUUGUACGUCGAGCAGUACGACGGCGAGCGCCAUGACGAGCCUUUCGGUCCCAUUUUUAUCGGGUCGAAGAUCUCUGGUGGUGCUUAG